AUGGAUCUCCACGCUCCUCAGUUGGUUGUCCAUUCUUAUGAACCCCACGCUCCGUUGUUGGAGGUUGAGGGCCUGGAUCCUCACAGUCCUCAGCAGAAGGUGCUGAUCCAUGCACCAACGUUGCAAAGCCAGGAGUUGAUGAGCAGCGACCACAGGAACGGAGGUGAGCAGAGCUAUGAGUACGACUUCACAGAUGAGCAGUACCACGCGCACAGCAGCAACCAGAGCGGAGACGGUCACGGCGGAGUAAAUCAACUAGGUGGAGUAUUUGUGAACGGUCGACCGCUUCCAGACGUGGUGCGGCAGAGAAUAGUGGAGCUGGCUCACUCAGGAGUGCGGCCCUGUGACAUCAGCCGGCAGCUGCGGGUGUCACAUGGAUGUGUCUCCAAGAUACUGUCGAGGUACUAUGAGACUGGAAGUUUCAAAGCUGGUGUGAUUGGCGGCUCCAAGCCCAAGGUGGCCACGCCUCCAGUGGUGGACGCCAUCGCAGCAUACAAAAGAGAGAACCCUACCAUGUUCGCCUGGGAGAUCAGGGACAGACUCCUCAGUGAGGGGAUCUGCAGCCAGGAUAAUGUGCCUUCUGUGUCCAGUAUAAACAGGAUUGUCCGUAACAAGGCGGCGGAGAAGGCGAAGCAGGCUCACAACCAGCAGCAGCAGCAACAGGAACAGGAGAUCAGCUCAGCGCAGGGGAGCGUAGUAUCUGUGAUAACCCACGCAGGCAACGCGCCCGGCACGACAGCAGUCCUGUCUCCAACCACAGACCAGCACGUCACCAACACCGGGAGCUACAGCAUCAACGGGAUCCUGGGGAUUGAACAGGUCGAGGGUCUCCACAAUGGGAACGCGACUGGUUUGAAGAGGAAACGGCAUGAAGACCAAGACGAAAACCGGGACUUUAACAGCCAUUCGGAGGACGACGUGAAAAGACAGAGAAGUCACUACAACGGUGACCAAAUAUACUCCAAUCUCUGGUCAUCCUCAAAAUGGAGUCUCAAAGACGAGUACAAGUUACUAUCGGAGCUUGGCGGAGCUGCAGGUGGCGCCACUGGUUACUACGGAGAGUUAUUCGACACUCCUUACGAACACGCCGCCCAUCCUCACUACACUCCCCAUUCAGCUCACAAUCGACUGCCCACGUUAAGUCAAACAUCCCUGCAACCACUCUCAACGAAUGACUCCACGGGUUCCAAUGGUGGAGCUGGUGGUGAACCUCCGUCAGCGGCUGCGAGUCCUGAUGCUGCAGCACUGGUCGUCCUACAGCCACCUGCACCACCAUACCCUCCGUACGCACAUUAUGAUGGUACGACAACGUUAGCCAGUGAAUACGCGUACGCGGCCCCCUACUCACAGUACUCCCCGUACGGAGGACCCUACUCGCAUUCUGCUGCCACCGGCCUGCUGUCCAAGUGCUUAAGAUAA